AUGGAGCGCAUCGCACAGAUCCGUCUGCAGUCCAGUGGCAAGGCACACAACCAGGCGCAAGUUGGUGUUGUGCUCGCCGCUAUCGAGGACACAAUCAAGGCGAGCGACUCACCCCUCGCCCCCACGUCGUACUUUGCAUCCCUCUUAGCAUUGCUACAGACCUGUGUGUCGGGCAAUAGCAUCACAAAUAACGAGACUGCCUAUGCGGCGAUAUAUUUGCUGGAUGCGGUGGUUCCAGAGACAUCAGCGUCACUUCUAUGCAAUCAGUUCACACAAGUACUGAACUUACUCGUACCGCUGCUCAAUGCGGAAGAUGCUGCAACGGUUCGUUCGGCAAUUGGCGUGCUACAAGGCUUACUAUCAGCCCAAAGCAUUGAAUCUUGGCGCUCAGCGACAACAGUACAAGCACUCAAGUCUCUUCUCAUGCUGGCCCUUGAUUCAAGGCCCAAGAUUCGCAAGAGAGCCAUUGAAGCUGUAUCUUCAAUCCUCAAAGCGGCGCCAGUGUCUUUGGCGAAAGAUGCCAUCGCAACGGAUAUUGUGGCUGAAGAGCUGCUCAAGUCGGCCUCAAGUCAAGUCGCGCAGAACGAUCAAUCAGCACUGCUGCACACGCUACAGCUCAUCAAGUCUGUUGCCUCAGCUGUCAGCUGGCCCGUCAAGUAUGUCGACCAGCUUUGUGACAUUCUACUCAAGGGAGUCUCUGAACUUGGUGAGGGCUUUGUCACCGUCACCGCAUUCGAGGUCUUUGAGCGUGUCUUUGAACAAGGCUCGCAGGAUGUGGAUCUUGUACGGCUACAGUCUCUUCUUCAAACAAUCGUCGGCAUGAAACCAAAUGACAAGGAUGCGAAUGUCCUGCCUCCGUGGCUCAAUGUCAUUGCUCGGGGUUAUGAACUCUACAGCAAAACCGAGCCAGACAGCGCUGCAGCCGAGGUCGGCACCAUUUUCAAAUCCAUCUUUCCAUUUCUACAAUCAGAACUAGCACCGGUGCGCAAGACUUGCUCUGACUGCCUGCAAUCUCUGAUUGUGACGUGCCUCAGAGAACGCAAGUCCACGCCUGCUGUUCAAGCGAUUGUUACGACGACGCUACGUGGUCUCAACAGUGGUGCUCGGUAUCGCGCGGCUCGUUCAGAAAUGUUUGACAUCGUACGGUCUUUGUUUGAUAAGCUCAAGUCCAAGGCGAAUCCUAUUUUGAUGGAGUCAUUGACUGUGUUGGCAGAAUCCCGCAAGUAUGUCCACGACAAAACUCAGAUUGAUGCAGUCUUCGGUGCAGCGAUUCGAGCUGUUGGUCCAGCACCCUUUUUCAAGGUGCUACCGCUUGAUUUGACCUCUGGUUCUGGUCGCGCUUGGUUGUUGCCUAUUCUACGUGAUCAUGUUCAGAACACCGAGCUUGACUUCUUUGUCAAGGAGCUGGUGCCAUUGUCCGAGACAUUCUUUCCAAAGACACUUGGCGAAGAUGUGGACGCGAAAAUCUUUCAGACCGUCAUUGAUCAAAUCUGGUCAUCUUUACCAGGCUUUUGCGACUUGCCUCUCGACUUGCCGACAGCCUUGACGCCUGAAAUUGCUGAGCUUCUAGCUACUGUCCUCUACAAGCAGCCAGAUUUGCGAGUUACCGUGUGCAAUGCUUUGCAAAAUCUGUGCUUGAAGCCGCAACAGCUGCUGGACUCUGAGCUGUCUGAUGAUGUGCUCACCUCAAGAUUUCAAUACACACGAGAAAAGGCAUCGGGUGAUCUCAAGCACAUGAAACAAUUCGCUGGCAAUUUUCUUUCUGUCCUCUUCAAUGUCUAUUCACAAACCUUGCCGAACUACCGUGGCAAUAUUCUCUCGACCAUCAAGGCCUUCUUCACUGUUGCUGAUAGCAAGGACAUUUCGUCAGCGUUUGCUAAAGUCAUACAAACACUCGACGAAUCAAUGGACGUGCCUGCAACAGGUGCCAAUGCUGGUGUGAGUGAGGGCAUGCCACCCGUCAAGCACACUGCAAUGGAUCUCAUCAUUGCCUUUGUCCCUCACUUGGAUCCCAAAUCGGCAGAUUUGCUUUGGGAAAUUUUUGUCGCUCAAGUCAGCAACGCACAGGACGCAGUCAUGCAAAAAAAGGCCUACAAAAUCUUCAAUGCCCUCGCUGAUGCUGGUUUAGCGCUGAAGAAACGUGCUGAUCAAGUACAGACCAUUUUGCUGGCCAAUAAAGGCGUUGCGACAUCUGUACGACGCGAUCGCUUGCAUGCGCUCAUCAAUAUGGUCAAUUUGAUUCCUCGCGAAGACCUCCACUUCAUUCCUGCCAUUCUUUCAGAAGCUGUGCUUUGUACGAAAGAGCAAAAUGAACGAGCACGACUCAUGGCAUUUGACUUGCUUGUACUUAUGGGCGAACGUAUGAAGGCCGGUGGCAAAGUGAAGAACUCACUCGUUGAUGGUAUGAAAGAUGCAGAAGACGCUGAAGCAUCUAUUCAAGAAUACUUUGUCAUGGUGCAAGCUGGUCUCGCCUCGCCCACACCCCACAUGGUCUCUGCCACCGUCACGGCAUUGGCGAGGCUGCUCUUUGAGUUUCAAGAUGACUUGUCGCCCACAUUCAUUGUUGAGAUGUUGGAUGCCAUGGAGCCCAUCUUGGAAAGCAAAAACCGCGAGAUUGCACGGGCGGCGCUAGGAUUUUACAAAGUCGUGGUCAUCAGUUUGCCUACCGACUUGGUUGUGUCACGUUUGCAGUCACUUGUUGCGCAUCUUGUGGGUUGGUCGCAUGAGCACUCUCGAGAUUUCAAGUCGAAAGUCAAGCAUCUCCUGGAACGUAUGGUGCGUCGUUACGGCUUUGACUUGAUGGAAAGGCAUAUCCCUGAUGCAGACAAAAAGCUGCUUGCCAAUAUCAGAAAGCAGCAAGAACGCAAGAAGCGCGCAAAGCGUGAAGAAGGUGAAAAUGCCGAUGCAGCACGCAAGCUGACUGGUGGUAACGCAUUUGACGAUGCUAUGCAAGAGUCGGAUGAAUCUGAGGAAGAAGUUGCUGAGGAGGAAGAAGUCACAGUCAAGCAGCGUGGCAAGCGCAGACCAGAUGGCCGUGGCGAGGCAUAUAUUCAGCACACGGAUGAGCCUAUGGACUUGUUGGACAAAUCCGCUCUGUCACAGGUGUCCUCCACACGACCCGAUUCAGCGACCGCCAAGCCUAAGGCGUUGCCCAGCGCACGCAGCAAGUUCAAGCAAGAUUUGGAUGGCAAGUACAUUUUCAACGAAAAAGGUGAGCCCAAAGCUGAAGCCGCUGUUGAAGGGAGCAGCGGUAUGGGUGCUCUUGUUGAAUCACGUCAAGGGAUGAAGAAGAACAGCAAAGGUCGUGUUCGAUUUAGCAACAAGCGUCAGCGCGACGAUGAUGAGGACGAUGACGGUGGCGAUCUUGCUGGCGACGCAGAAAAGAAACUGCGUUUGAGCGAAGGUGCAGGACGCAAAGGCGACAAGGGCAGAGCCCCAGUCUCGUCUACGAAGAAACUCUUCACAAAGGGCGCAGGUGGCAAAUCGCUCCAAGCUGGUGGCCGUAAAACGAGGAAGUAG